AUGGAUUAUUCUGAAUCGAGAAUUUAUGCUAUUGAUAUGGAACCAACUUUACAAAAUGAUAUUGUUUUUGGAGGAAGUAUAAAAGAAAAAAUAUCAAAGUAGACUUAUCCUAUAGUUGCUUACUUCCAAACUGAGAUAAAUAAUACUCAUUUAAGAUGGUUCUUCACUUAUAAACAUGAUGCUACAGUUGACCGUCUUGUCCAAUCUAGAUCCAAAAAAUGGAAAUGCCAUCAAAUCGCUUAGACUAAAUGGUCAAAUGUAGUAUAUAAGACCUCAAGCAAUGGAAAUUGA